AUGAGCUGCGCCCUGGUGCUCGCGUGCCGGUUUGUCUCAAUGGCCCCUCAGUCACGCUCGCGCUCCACCUACGUCCCGCCGGCGUGGAAGCAGCAGCGACAGAAGAAGAAGCAGGUGGAGCGCUGGAAGACGGCGCUGGCGCGCAAGAGCUGGGAGGAGCAGCAGCGCGAGGUUGAGGCGGCGCGUGAGGAGGAGAGGCGUGCACACGAGGAGCGGAGUCAGGCGGUAGCUGCAGCGCAGAGGCGGCGCGCCGAGACGAGCGCCAAGCUCAAAAAGAGGACACGGCGCGGCCAGCCGGUCCUCUCCAACCAGGUCGACGUGAUUCUCCAAAAGCUGGGCGCUGGGAGCAGCUAA